GUGACUCAGUUAGAAGGAUAAUGUCCUUGUACUUUAAUGUUAAAUUGUUUGAUUAUACCUAGAGUCAAUUUGGCUGGAGCCAAGAUCUUUACAAUGAAUAUGUCAAAAUAUCCCUUAAACUUGUUUUUUGCCUACCCAUAAAAUCCAAGGGAAGGGGAAUGGAGAAAAAGGCAAGGUGACAUAACGUAUGUGUAAUGAGACCCUGUCUUUCAAUUCCUUUUCUUCACAGGAGACCCUGGCUCCCACAUAGACCAACUCUGGUAUAGGUGAGCAGAGAAAAAAAUGGCAGGCCUUCUGGGAGCCCCAGUGAGGUUUUCUUUCACUUGCAGAGAGCUGAAGCCAGUCAAAUUCAGCAGUGGGAGGUUGUGUACCAACUUUAAUGACACUAAUGUUAGUAAGUUCUGCUGACCCACUACCAUCGGACCAGCCAGUUUCCAAGCAGGCCUCACUCACAGAAGGAAAACCCCUCCAGGGGGUGAGGUGAAAGUGCGUGCCUGUUGAUCUUCGCGAUGGGCAGGGCAGAGCCGGCCCUCACUCCACCUUUCCUGCCGCCGACGGGCUUUAGGACCCCACGCAGUACGGAAUGAGGUUUGGAGGCGGGCUAGGGGAGGCCGUCGCGCAAGCUUGACGUAAUCAGCCCGCGCCGGCGGAGGGCAGGACGCCGAGAACCGUGCAGAAGCUCGUUUAUCGUUUGUUUCAGCUCGCAGGCACCAUGGCCGCGCCCGCCCAGCAACCUACUCAGCCUGGCGGCGGGAAGCGCAAGGGCAAGGCUCAGUACGUGCCGGCCAAGCGGGCUCGGCGCUGCGACGCCGGCGGGCCCCGGCAGCUGGAGCCCGGGCUUCAGGGCAUCCUCAUCACCUGCAACAUGAACGAACGCAAGUGCGUGGAGGAGGCCUACAGCCUGCUCAACGAGUACGGCGACGACAUGUAUGGGCCAGAAAAGUUUACAGACAAGGAUCAGCAGACCUCUGGAAGUGAGGGAGAAGACGACGAUGCGGAGGCUGCCUUGAAGAAAGAAGUUGGUGACAUUAAGGCAUCUACAGAGAUGAGGCUAAGAAGAUUUCAGUCAGUGGAGAGUGGAGCGAAUAAUGUAGUCUUCAUCAGGACACUUGGGAUAGAACCUGAGAAAUUGGUGCAUCAUAUUCUUCAGGAUAUGUACAAAACCAAGAAGAAGAAGACUCGGGUUAUUCUACGAAUGUUACCCAUCUCAGGCACGUGCAAGGCUUUCUUAGAAGACAUGAAAAAAUAUGCAGAAACAUUUUUGGAACCCUGGUUUAAAGCUCCAAACAAAGGGACAUUUCAAAUUGUAUAUAAAUCUCGAAAUAACAGUCACAUGAACAGAGAAGAGGUUAUCAAAGAACUGGCAGGAAUAGUGGGCAGCCUCAAUUCAGAAAAUAAAGUGGAUCUCACCAAUCCACAAUACACGGUGGUAGUAGAAAUCAUCAAAGCUGUCUGUUGCCUGAGUGUUGUGAAAGAUUACAUGUUGUUCAGAAAAUACAAUCUCCAGGAGGUGGUGAAGAGUGCUAAGGACCCAUCACAGCUUAAUCCAAAGCAGGGAAAUGGAAAAGAAACUAAAUUAGAAUCUGGUGACAAAUUAAAUCAAAACAACCCAGCCGAAGGAAAAAAUAACCAGCAGGUGGUACCAGAGAUUAGUGAGGAGCUGGGGCAGAUAAAACCAACAUCUGAGAUGCAGGUGGUGAAUGAGGGAGGAGCUAAACCUGAAAUUGUGAGUCAGGUCACAGAAGGAUCCAAGUCAAAGGAAAAUGACCUCUCAUAGGAGGUUAUUUGUCAUUGGAGGUGAGUUUCUCAACUGGGGUUUUAUGAGCUAUUGCUGAGGUUCCACAUAAAAUUGUGACUGAAAUCACUGUUUUUGACCUUUGUGUGCUGCGUAAUGCUGUUCUCACAGUAGUGAAUAAUGAUCACAUAGCCCUGUUAACAGUUUUGUUAGAGAUCUUUCAUCCUUAUAUGGCAGUGUGCAUAGGCCUUCGUGCUGUUGCACAGAGGGGUGGGUGGCAGGAGGAGGACAUUGGCCUCUCCCAGCCUCCCCUUACGCACUGCCAACUCACUUAUGGGAGUGAACAGGCUCUGUGAGGUAGAAAAUUAGAGGGAACUUUUCAUUCUGAGGAGGGAAUUUUUAAUGUGCCACAACUCAGCUGUCCCCUGCCACUUUGUUGUAAACAUUGCAAAAAUGUGGAUUGUGCAGCUUAGAAGUGAAUUGUUUUGUGCCGUUUUUGUACUUUUCGUGAUUUUCAUGUUUGGUUUUGUUUAUUUUUAUAUUUUGUUAACAUUUGUGUGUAACAAAUCAGACAGUUCAGUGCUCAGUUUUUGAAGGCAAGGUAUGAAAUAGAAGAUGACCAUUCUAGGAAUAGAGCUACCAGACAUUUCUGAUAAGGUUGGCGAUGAAGAAUUUCAGUCUUCUGAGUUACUUCAGUAUACUAGUGCAACAAGGGACACAAAUUUUGUAUUUAUAAUGAAAGCUGCUUUUAUAUGGGCUUGUCAUCCAAGCUGUCCUAUUCCAUUGUGUAUCGUUUGUGGCAUGAGACUUACAAAUCUAGCAUUUGUAACUAUAACUUGCAGCCUCUUGACAAGUAAGGCUGUUGAUUAUUUUAAAUGGUUUUCGGAAUAUCAAAACAGUAAAGCUUUCGUUCAAAAAUGAUAUUCAGUGAAAGGGUUUAGGAACCAAAUUAUUUAGUAGCACAACUUAUUCCAGAAAAGAAAAAUUCACACAGUUGGUGAGAAUCUAAUAAUACCAAUAUAGAAAUGCUGCUGGGGCAAGAUGCAGCAUAAUCAAUUGAAAAGACUUGACUGUCAAUAAGUUGAAUUACUGAUGAUACGUCACAUGAUGCUAAAAAGGUUUUGUAUAAUCAACCAAAAAGCAGAGCUUCUCUAUCUGGGUUGGUGAUCAAUAGUUUUCAUUAAUAUUUGUCAUGCUGUAGCAUUUAUAAGAUUUGUAAAUGAUGUUGAAAUUAAAAAAAAAAAAACUUUUUCUGCUGCUAGGAGCCUCCCAAAACAAAGGCCAAUAUAUAUUUAAUGUCUUCAUAUCUGAAAACCAAAGGUCUGUCAUCUAUACCCGUGGUGCCCUAUCAGCAGUUGGCUCCAUGACAAGUUUUGCCUCAUUAAAAGAGAAAAUCCUGAUGUUGACAUUAGAGCACGCUGCUUGCUUCACAGAGAUGCUGAUAUCAAAAACUUGGAGAUGAAAUGAAGAAAGUUCUGAAUAAUGCUGUAAAAAUGGUUAACUUUAUUAUUAAAGACCCAUUUAUGCAAGAAUGUUGAAAAAAAAAAACCAACCCCAAACUUAAAAAUGGACAGACAGCACAUAAGUGUCCUCCUUCAUCCAGAUAUCCAAUGGCUUAUCAGAGGAAGAGUUCCUGAUAGGAUAUUUGAGUUGAAAGGUGAAUUGGCAACGUACUUACAAGAAAUUAGUAGGCAACGUUUUGCUGAGUGCUUUGAAGAAAUGAAUGGCUAUAGAAACUAGCCUAUUUAGCAGACAUUUUUCAUCACAUGAACAAGUUUCUACGUGGUCCUGGAGAAAAACUUUUUUCUUAAAGUGACAAAAGUCUUAGAUUUAAAAGGAAACAGACUCUGGAACAAUCACCGUGCCAGAGGAACUCCUGAAAUCUUUCAGCAUCCACUUGGGCUUAAGAAUGAAGGAUACAAGUCUUAAGUCUUGCUAGAACCCACCUGGAAGAACUGCAAGAUGAAAUUAAAUAGCUUUUCUUCUCCUUUUCCGAGAACUAGUGUAUGGCUAGAUGAGGAACGCUUAAAAUCUGCUCAGCCUGAGAUUUCUUUCUCUGAAAGAAGAGAAAGAACUUAGCCUUAGUCUGACAGUUCUGGAUUUCUUUGAAAUAAGAGUAUCCUUCAACUUAGUGCUCAUGCUCACAUACCAUGAGGGUUCCCUGUAGGGGUCUCCUGAAUUUGAAGGUUUUUUCAAGGGCUUUUCCUUAGUAAAACAAUUGAAAAAAGCUGCAUUUACACAAACCUAAAUGGUAAGAAAGAAAAAAAAAAGAAAAAGAAAAAGGCUGGAAGAGACAGACACCAACAAAGUCUGCAAAAUAUACUUAGAUUGAGACUGUAAAAAUAGGGCUGUAAAAAUAGCUUUUGGAGAUGUGUUUAUUCUUAAAUUUUAAAAAAGUUAGGAACUAGUAUAAAUGUUAAGACUUCCCACACAAGUGGCUGUCUAUUUAAUGGGUAGUGACCAUGGGAAGAUAUUUUUAUCCCCUUAUCUAGUGGUUCUGCUUGGUAAACCAGAGUAGGAGGAUUUGAGAGGGGCAAAGAGAAUAGGCAGGACCAUCCUUGUAUAUCUUCAGAUAGUUAGAAUGUUAACUCUUAAUGAGGUUGAAGUCAUCUUGAAAGGAUUAAUAAGAGUAUUAUUAGCAUUAUAUGUGGGAAGAGGGAGGAUAGGAUUUUGGUGCCUUCAGCGGACUCACUCCAAGACAAAGAUACUUUUAUUUUGAUAGUGCAAGACAAAAGGACUCUGGGAAUAAAAUUGGCCACAUGCCUAUAGAACAUACAACUCUGGAACUGGGUUCCUUUUAUUUUGUGAAAGCUGCUACUUUACAGAAAGAUUUUGAUUUGAUAGUUUGUUUUUAAUUGCGUUUUGUAUUUAUUUGUAUUUGGUAAGACCCAGGUGUGAUACAAGCUAUUCUUUUCCAGCUAUAAAAUAUGGUAUAUUCUUGGAAACUGAAUUCACUCAUUUAAAAAUUUGUUUUUAGGUUUAUCACCUGUUUAUUUUCACUGACAUUUGAGCAUGUUAUUUUACAAGUGACGAGAUUCCAGGGUGGGAAUUGAGUGCUUUUUUUUCCUUUUAGUUGUUUAUUUUAAAAAGUCAGUUAAAAAAAACCUCUAAUGUUGUAGUUGAAUAAAAUUGUUUUGCUUCAUAGAAGAAAGAGUGUUAAACUUCAUAUUUUCAAACAUGUUUCUCUAACAUUAAACAUCUUCAAAUGGUAGUUUUACUUGUAUUUUGCUUUUGCUACAGCCAACCAUUCAGCUUGUUUUUCAUAGUUCUUGAUAUUUUCAGAAAAAUUAAAAUAAAUUUGUUCCCUAAA